UGGAACGGAGUAAAUCUGUCAAAAAUGGCGGCUGCCAAAGGUGGCUUGUUGGCACGUUCCGAUUUUCCUCUGUAUGUUGUUAAAGCUUUAGACGAACGCCAUUUCCUAGUUGCUGGUGGUGGUGGAGCAGCAAAGACAGGCAUAGCAAAUGCUAUUGAAGUAUAUGAGGUGAAGUUUAUGUCCGACAAAGCUGUGGCUGGAAGCAUAUGUCGACAUGACACGGGUACAAAGUCUAUCAUGAACGGUUGUAAUGUGUAUGAUGGCAGAAAUCAUAUAUUUGCAGCUGGUCUAGAUGAUGAAUGCCACAUAUACUCGUUGAAAUAUAAAGUCACAUCUCCAGAGAAGAAGGACAGAGGAACUGAAAACAGUGACAUCCGACAGAGAAAAUCAGAAAAUGAAAAUUCAACAAAUGAUAAAGGUCACGAGGCGACCAAGCAGAUCUUGUUUGACAUUGACAAAAUUAAACAAAUCAAAACAGACUUUCACAAAGAAUCUAGUUUUCAAAAAACAGUGCAAUUUAGCAGGGACCACUCAUUAUUAGCAACAGGAGGAGCUGAUGGCUAUCUCCGAGUGUGGAAGUAUCCAGAUAUGAAAAAGGUUUUUGAAGUUGCAGCUCACAAAAAUGAUGUUGAUGAUAUUGAUAUUAGUCCUGCCGGAGAUAAGAUUGUGACUGUAUCUAGAGACCACUGUGGGUUUGUGUGGCAAACAAAAGACGGCAGCAAGGUCAAGGACCUGAAUGGACCCCAAGACUACAGAUUCAGAGCAUGCAGAUAUGGAUUGGUAGAAGGAAAGAAAGACAAGUUUAAUUUAUACACAAUCAGUAUCCCUAUAAAGCGGUCCCAAAAACCACAACCGUGCUACCUCACCAUGUGGGACAGUGAGUCCUUCAAAUCAAAAAACAACCAGGAAACGGGGACAGAGAUCUUGUCCAGUCUGGCACUUAGUGAUGAUGGCACCUAUGCAGCAGUAGGAACCAUUUCAGGAAGUGUUGGCGUGUAUAUUUCAUUCAGCCUACAGAAAUUGUACUAUAUCAAAGAAGCACAUAAUAUAUUUGUGACUGGUUUGACAUUCAUGCCAAGUUCCGAGGCCGCACAAGCCAUCACUGGAAACCAAGAUUUUACUCUUCUUAGUAUCUCAGCAGACAACACCAUUCGACUACAUCAAGUUGCUCCUAGAGGAUCUUACAAUGCAGCUUUGGUGGUCGUCCUGUUUAUCUGUUUCAUCGCCCUGAUUUUCUGGCUGAUAUCAGAACUAGGAUUAUAAUCAAGGAGUCCAAUCGAGGUGGUCAGAAUGUCCAAACAAUAAACAUUGUUACAGUACCAGGCCAUUAAUAAAGCUGUGAUAUCUUUGAAAAAGAGGAGAAUGUUGUCAGCUCUUUCAAUUACACCACCAGUGGCUAAAACGAAUCUCGCUGGAAAAUCAUUCAUUUCACACAGUGAUUGUUAAUAUUCUGGUGGAAAUAUGGAAUGUCCAUUUUAUUAUGUGGAUGAUACUUUUGUAAUUUUUGAAUUUUUUUAAUAGAAAAAUUGUGUAUGCACUACAUUAGUUUAUAGGCCUGAAUGUUUGAUAUAGAUCAAGGUAUAAAUGACUAAAGGAAUAAGACAUUAAGUGUUGUAGAUGAUAUCAGAUAUCUCGUCCAUGUCCUAAACUUGAGAUAGCAAACCAGAGAAAUUGUCAUUUCAAAAUAUGUUAUACGUGUACUAAAUACUUUAUGUGAUGUCAUGAUUUUCCUUUAGAUGACAUCUACAAUUCCUUCACUUAUAUUAGCAUGACAGGAAGCGUCCUAAUGUUUAAAACUGUUACAAAUUCCUCAUUUCAUAUCCACAUUUAUAAUGGGUCACUUAAUCAAACUUGUAUUUAAAUGUUUUCCAAGGUGCUAAUAAUUUUGUUAAUCAAGCGUACCAAUAUUUUAUGGUGGUUGGUGCAUUUUUUUUUUUUACGACUGUACAUUGUACAGGUAACUAACUAUAGAAUUGUUUGAUAAUAGUUUACUGUAUACAUUGUUUUAGUGAUGGACUGUAUAAGUCAAUCAGAUCUCUCUCUCUCUCUCUCUCUCUCUCUUUGUGUUAAUAUUCAGAACUUUUAAAAUUCAGAGGGAGAUCGUGGGAUUAAAAUUUUGUGUGUUAAACUACAUUCAUAUGGAAUAUGUAUCAAUUCAUAUACAUUUUGUACCCCAACAUUUUUCAUCUUUCUUGGCUUUGAAAAAUUUAUUUCAUGCAUUUGUAUAAUAUAUGACAAUAAGGAAAAACAGUUUUGAUCCUUCCAUAUAUUUUGAGACUUGUAAAAUAAAUUUUUCUCAUUACCAAAUUAGUUCUACCUGAAAGUAGGAAGGUUAGGGUGAUAGGUUAUUGACAACAUAUUUAUUUGAAUGAAAUUGAUUACAUUCCUUACCAGAUACAACAUUAUUUUCUUCAUGUAUUGCUAUUAAUUUAUUGUUUGUUGCUUAGGUUUACAAUGUAGUGAUUAAAAUUUAAAACAAAUUA